GAGGAACAAUCAGUUAACUGGGUGGAAAUGAGAAGAGUGGUUUUCAGCUGCAAAGGAUUUUUCUCCUAGUGACGCCUACCUCUGCAACAGCUUUGUGCUAAGGAGCUAAUCCUCCUUUUCUUUUGACUUUGCAAGAUGUCUAUGAGAACUCUCCCCCUGGUUUUCAUUAAUCUGGGUGGAGAGAUGCUUUACAUUCUGGACCAACGCUUGCGAGCUCACAACACCUCAGAGGACAAUUCAGAGAAAGGAGUGUGGUCAGAAAAUGACAGGAAAAGAGUCAUGAAUGACAUCGUUGGGACCAUGUUCAGUAAAGCCUUCAUGGAUGAACUUCUCAAACCUCAGCAGCUGUAUUCUCACAGGACAAUGAAAACGGUGCUAACUCGGUUAGCGCACGCCUCCAUCAUGAGACUGAACCCGGCCAGCAUGGACAGGCUUUAUGAGCUAAUGGUCAUGGCUUUCAAAUAUCAAGUCUUCCUUUGUCUGCGGCCAAAAGACCUGCUGCUCAUCUCAUACAAUCACAUGGACACCAUCAGGGAAUUCGUGAAAGACACUCCCAUGGCCGUGAACCAAGUGGAUGAGACACACAGGAAAAUCAUUGAGACAUACUCGUCAUUCACGGAGGGUGAACUCCAGCUUCUCAGACAGACUCUCCUCACAUUUUUCCAAGACAUGCACGUUCGUGUAUCACUUUUCCUAAAAGAUCAGAUCCAAAAUCCCAAUGGACGGUUCGCCCUGACGACAUCAGGCCCAGUGCCUCAUGGGACUGAUGUUCCUGGGCUUAUUAGGAUAUUUGACUGUCGCGGCAGAGAAGUGAGACGAAGGGAGUUCCCCUCUGGAGGGAGUUACACCAGCUCCAUCAGAGAGGGGUCUUUCGAGCUGCAUGGAAACAGAGUGAUCAGACUGGGCAUGAACAUGUACACUGUGGAUCAUCCAGAGGAGACACACACAUCCAGGGCUCCCUCUGUAAAGACAGACGGCUCUCCCAACCCGCUGGCGAAGGAGGAGCUGAACCUGCUGGCUCGUCUGAUGGGCAGCAUGAAGACGGAGAACGAGCCCAAAGACGAAUCGGGUUUUCGAAUCAACCUGUUUAACACAGACAAAGAGGAGGAGGAAGCAGGAGCGUCAGGUAGUGCUGAGGAGUCCUUGCAUGGAGUGAUAAAUAUUCAAGCAAUGCAGGAUGAGCAGGCGGCAUCGGAGUUGGCUCGCAUUGCCGGACAGUUUGCAGAAGAAGAAGAAGAAAAAAAAGAAGAAGAAGAAGAGAAACCCGAAAACCCCAGCAACAACAAGGGAGAAGAGCUCCUGGCCAUGAUGGACGACCUCUGACUCAUUUAUUCAGUCUGUGGUUGUUUGAUGAUCGUAUGGUUAAUCUCCACUGUGAACUUUAAUCUGAAAUAUGCGGUAUUCAGUGAAAUAGAUGCAAGAACUCAACAUUAUAACACAGAUACAAUAGACAGAAACUAUUUUCUAUGUUUAA